AGUGAGAAAACACCAGCCUUCAAGUGUAAAAAUGAUCCGAAUUAUUCUGUUGGGUUUCCAGACAUGGCCUCAGAUGUUAGUGUUUUUUGAGGGAGAUGAGUUAAUAGCAUGGUGUCUUGUAUCUGCUGCAAAAGGCAACCUAAGGAGCCAAAAUUAUUUAUUCCAUACAUAGGAUGGUAUUAAAUAUAAUGGUGAAAAUGUUAUAGCUCUGAGGGUCCUUUGUUAUGAAACAGCCCGUGUCUGAAGGAAACUUGAACCCUAGUGAAUCUUGGAUAAGUAUUUCUAAGUCGAAAUGAUUUUUUGACUAGUAACAAACAUAAACAUCAAAAGAAUCUCAAAUAACCCUUUGUUUUCCACCGCGCGAGUAACAUUGUUUACAUGCGUUGUAAAAUCUCCUUGUCACAGCCAGGAGGCAGCCUUUGAUAGUUUCAGCUCACGCUCCCGUCCUUUAGCCCCACUAUGUUCUCUAUACUCAGAUUAUGCACUUUAUGCACACUGGUAGCCAAUCAGCACCACUGCAAAAAGACAUCUGAAAAAAUGAAGCAAGUUUGCUCAAGUUUUACUUAUCUCCUAGUCCUCUUCGUGCUUCUUGUCACAGUAAGUGUAUUGGUUGAAGCACAAAAGUGCAAGUCAAGUGGCAAAGUUGAAGGAAAGAAGCCUCCGAAAAAAGAAUGUAACCAGGAAAAUGGAGCAGAACGCUGUGAAGAAGACAAACUUUACACCACCUACAAGUGCUCACAACCCGUAUCUGCUCUACCAGUAAACAGUUUUGAGGAGGGUGGAGAUGCGGUUGCACCAUCAGAAUGCGAUGGUAAGUACCAUGACAAUUACACACCUGUGGUGGCAUUGUCAACGGCAUGGUUCGGUAAAAAAGAGACGCCACACCAUAUCACCAUUAAUGGAAAUGGAAGUUUGGAAAGCUUUAGGCAUAAAUGACAAGGACAAGGAAUGGGAAUGGCUGGAUAUCACCUGGUCUGAUGCUUGAUUUCCAUUUGUUUUCUUUCUUGUGCUCUGCAAUAACUUUCCUCGCCACAAGACAACGUUGUUUUAUUCCCGACUCUUCACUUCUGGUUGAAAAGGACCCAGUUCACAAGCCUGUUCCGCUGGAACACAGGAAAUGCAAAACAGUAGCGCAACAAAGUGGGAGGUACCAAGAAAAUUGUCAUGGUACUUUUUACAGACAAUUUCACACUUAAAGAAUAUUUUUUCUUUUUCUUUUUCAAA